GCGGUGGGGGGGGGGGGUCGGCGGUUAGAGGUUUUUUUGUUUCAAACUUUCCCCCGGGGUAUCGUGAGACCGCUGUCGCCAAAUGUCCCCCCGCCGCGGACGUGAACGCCGCGCAUUUUCCCGCAAAUUAAGAAGGUCGCGUUCCGGCCAGCCGCGCUGCGCAUUUUGGGCGGCCGCGCACCGCGCCGCUCGCACUCCGAGAGGGGCGACGGCGAUGCGUCCCAGCGACCGGCCUGCGACGCGCGGAUGCGGCCGCCGCAAUUUCGGCGCGCAACACAAAACAACACAAAGGAGCCGCGUGCAGAGAGAGCGGUCCACGGAGGCGCUGCGUUUGCGUGAAGGUUAAGGAGGCAGCGGGAACGAUGCUGCUGCUGCUGCUGCUGCCGCCCCCCUGACUGCCGCGAUCGGUCCACGCCGUUGACAUCGCCGUGUGUGACGGCUGCAGGUGAGCAAGAAAGAAAGACGCGUACCAGGGCGAUGAAGUGACGUUGCCAAAGGUAUCCGUGAAAGCAAUUGACGCUUGCAGGAAGCUGCGAGGGGGACGGGCCAUCUUUAGGGCAAACGUCGCACCGGUGCUGAGAAUGGGAGUGAGCCCUUCGCGUGGCAAGUCUCCGGCUUUAUCCGCGAGGGCCCUGCGAAAGGAGCUCAAAUACGUCCACCGGUUCGUUUCUCUCAGCCUGGAGGGGCUGGACCUCACGGAGCUACCGUCCUCUCUCUUCGAGCUCAGGGAAGUGCAAAAACUUGGCCUUUGGCGCAACCGACUGACGACUAUGCCGUCUGCCACGGGCCGCCUCGAGAACCUGGUGGUAUUGGGGCUCGAUGGGAACAAUCUGAUCGCCUUCCCCGCCGAGAUCGGCAUGCUGAGGAAGCUCAAGGCACUGUUCGCGAACAGGAAUCGCCUCGUGGAGGUGCCGCGCGAGCUCGCGAAGUGCCAGAGUCUGGAGGUGCUCAGCCUUUCCAGCAACUCACUGAGAUCCCUGCCAGACGACCUGGUGGCGCUCAGGAAAUUGCGCAAACUCAACCUGAGCGCGAACGCCCUCGGGCGUGUCCCCCGCUGCGUCAUGUACAUGAAAGCGUUGACGUUCCUCGACGUGUCUUACAACGACAUCGUGGGACUUCCGGACAGCGUUCGGGAACUGCAAAGGCUGGAGACUUUGAUCGCCGAGAGGAACAGACUCGAGGCCCUGCCCGCCUCCAUCUGCGAGAUAACCCGUCUGGAGACACUCAACGUGGACUACAACCAGAUCCGGACUGUUCCCCUAGACCUGGAUCAACUGGUCCGCCUGCCCAGGAUCGCCAACCACCCAGUCGACAGAGGGCUUCACAUUCGGAACAACCCGCUGGCGGACCCCUUGGCCGCGGUCGUGGACAAAGGGCUCCUUGCCCUCUUCGAUUGCCUGGAAGGGUGGCGCAAGCUGAGGCAGCUGCAGUCAAAGAGCAUCUCGCAGCUAUCCACGACGGGCUAUUGAGACGAGGGCAUUCACACACCAGCGACGGACGCAUUGACGACGUUGAUGAGAACAACGGGAGUUUUUUUUUUACACGUUGCAAUCAACGCGUACAUAGCACGUACACGUCUAGCAGGAGGAAGCAAAACGAUGGCGAGGUGUAGGUGGGUGGAAUCGUGGUGAUGACCGAUUGACUUUUCCAUAAUAAACGCUGUUUUUACACAGCGAUCUUUCAUUUUAAACCAUCUGUCACACGCACUCGAUUUAUGUUUAAUUCAUUUUGUUUAAGCAUGAGGACGACGAAUAUUCCUUACUUAACUUGUAGGGGUUCGAUAAAAAGCGCGUGUGAAAUGAACACUUGUGCUUUAAUGAAUAAACCAUAGAAUAAUAACAACAUAUAUAAUUACUUGCACAGGAAAGCCUGCAGGGUCCUACAUCGAAAUAUUUGGCCAAUACCAUUCACGAGCGUUCGGCUUCGUGUGGGAAUAAACUCGCCAAGCAUAAGAAGGGUGACAACCUCGGCACUUCCCACCUCCUAAGAACCUCGCAAGCCCAGCGCACACAACAAUUGGCAAGCCAUUGCGGGAAUCCAUCCAAGUCCUUUUUUCAGGAAUAUUUUGCUGUUUUUUUUUCCAUGGAUUUUCUGUUUGCACAGUCACACAUAGUCACUUUAAGAUGUUUUUCUUGUUCGUGUUUUUGUUUUGUUUGUUUGUUCUGGUUGCACCCGAUUCAAGAGCCGAAUGGCUCACAGGGCUAUACCAAAAUAAAUCAACUGAAACUGAAGACUCAAGACACCGCUUAGCUUCCGAGAUCUAACGAGCCCGGGCGCAUUGACGGCGAAUUGGUCGCGUUCGCCGCACUGCUUCAUCGGGGUAUAGAACCUCGCAACGAAUGUAAACAUAGGAGGUCGUUGUGGCGUUAUGUGUAUGUGGCCACCUUAAUCUCCUGCUGCGCUGUUGUCGAUCAAUGCACGGUUUGCUGUGGCGUGGUUUGGGCCGGCAGACGGCCUCGAUUCGACAUUCGGCUUUAAAUGCUUUCGCUCUCGUCUCGGUCUCGACUGCAAGUCGUUGCUAAAGGGAACGGUAGCUCCACGACACGACAGAUGUCUGUGUGCAGUUGCCUUCGUGAGUUGCCCACGCGAUGUUCCAUACGCGCUACCCACGAUUAAUCACAGCAAACAAUAUCCAUGUGAUUUAACAACGGCAAGAAAACACGUCGGUACACGCGUAAAUUGUAUACAGUUACAAUCGUAUGCGGAUGACUAUUCUUGGAUGUUCAAUCAUUGAUGUAAAGUUAAGGAUGGGCCGCUUUUCGGUGAUGUUUUUUUUAUUACUUUACCGAAGGUUUGACAAUAAAUUUAUAUUUUUCAACGGUUUCCAGUCUCUGAAAAUAAAUGACAACGUGCGAUUGUGGAACGCGGCCUCUUCAAAACCAUUCACUGGAUGCUGCCACUCCCGGGUGGAUGUAACAUCACCGUAACUGCGGUCUGCUCUAGAAAUUAA